AUGGCUCGUAUGGGCUUCUUUUUGUUUCUGAUGCCAUUAUGCAUCUGGCGCGUGAUAACAAGAUGUCAACCACACCUGGACCCUUUUUUACUCACAAAUGAAUUCCAUGGGACCUUUUACUAUCUUGUCGCUCUCACAAUACUCAUGGCUACUUUGUCGAUGGGAACAUGGUAUUACACUGUCUUUCUGCCACAUCUAAGCCGCGACUGUCGCGAUAUUGUAUUCAUGCUCGGGCAGGUAAACUUGGAAAGUAGGGGGAAUAGGAGAAACAGGACAAGAAUUAUCUGGCGUCUCAGGAAACUUCGUCUCUUAUCUGGGUUCAUGAUAUUCACCCUUUUAGUCAUUGCCAUUGAGUUUCCCAUACAAUGGAAUCAUGUUCGAGGCGUCUAUGACUUUGCGACCAUUACUCAGUUACUUCCCUUCCUCUUCUCAGUCGGUAUAUUUCUACGCUCUUGGGCACUCUAUGCUAGCAGCGCCAACACAAGGGAGGGCGAUGCUAGAACAAGACCACGUCCGAGUACACCGUCGUCGUCGUCGUUGUCGUCGUCUUCAUCUCCAUCUUCAAGUGGCGAAAUGGUUAACGUGGUACGAAUCUAUCGAGCACGAAGUCCUAGAUCGUAUUAUCCAUAUGGCUAUUAUCCUUAUGGCUAUGGACAAUACCAAGACGGAAACCCUUACAACUACAACAAUGACUACUAUAACAAUAACUACUACUACAACAAUUACGAAAAUUCUUCAGAGGAAUCCCAAGAGCCGCGAUGGCCUCCAGGAGUUUACUACAGUCGGCGACCAUAG